AUGUCUGUCGAAGAAGCGGUCACGGACGCGCUGCAGACUCCGGUCGAUCAAAAUGCCCAGGCAGCGGAGGAUGCGAAAAAGAUGCUAGCCGAGCUGCAAGGCGAGUCAGAGUCUAAAGAGGAGUCAACCGAAACAAAUGGUGCGGAGGCAUCGAGUGGGACUACAGCGGAACCUGCCGAUGCGGUCUCAGAAGAGGUGAAGGGUGAAUCUGGAACAGAGACUACUGUCGAAAAGAGAGAGGAUUCCAACGAGAAGCAGGAGCGUCGAGAUCGGUCUGAGCAUAGCGGUCGGGGUCGUGGUCGGGGCGGUCAGAAUGGCCAUGGGUCUCGCAACUACCGGGACAACAUCAAGUCAGACCUCGUGUCACAGGAAACCAGCAGUGAUCCGGUGGCUAUUCGCAAACAGGUUGAAUUCUACUUCUCCGACUCAAACCUCCCACACGACAAGUUUCUUCUCGGAAAAGUUGGCGGAAGCCGGAACAAUCCUGUAGAACUCAAGAUCAUUCACUCUUUCAAACGUAUGCGACACUUCCAGCCAUUCGAGGCCAUUGUCGAGGCGAUGCGAGAGUCCAAGUUCCUCGAACUCACAGAUGACGAGACAUCUGUUCGCCGACGAGAGCCACUUCCCGAGAGCCUCAACGACGGGCCUGACCCCAAUGCAGUGCGAAUCUUCGAGGACCGUGCCAUGCCACGGACUGUCUACGCCAAAGGAUUCGGCGAGGAAGUCCCCAGCACGCAGUUCGAUAUCGAGGCUUUCUUUGCUCCAUAUGGCCCGACAAAUGCUGUGCGGCUCCGACGCACUGAUGACAAGAUCUUCAAAGGCAGCGUCUUCGUCGAGUUUGAAACCGAAGAACUGGCCAAGGCAUUUCUCGAUCUCGACCCGAAGCCCCAGUUCAAAGGCAAGGACCUGCAGAUCAUGAGCAAGAAGGAGUACUGUGAUAAAAAGGUGGACGACAUCAAAGCGGGCAAGAUCCGACCUAAUAACAGACACGAGAAGAACCGCAGAAAUGACCGUGGUGGUCGAGAUGGCCGCGGUGGUCGGGACGGAAAGCGAAAGCGCGAUGACGACGACAGCCGAGACUGGAGAACGCGCCGAGACGAAGAUCGAAAGCAUGGAUUCAGAGAUGACAAGAAACGUGGCAACAGAGAUCGUGACUUCAAGGGUGGCCGGGGUAGCAGAAACAAUGGCCCCGAGAUGGACGACAGAGGCAUCCCCACUGUCAAAUCAUCGUCGCAGGAGUCUCCGAAGCCAAAACAUGACGGCGGACGAGAUGAGGCACUCGCGAAAGCAAAGGCUGCGGUCGAGGCCGAGACAAAGAAAGAUGGGGAUAGGCAACAAGCGGCAGACAACGUUGAGAACACGGAACAGAGCGGCGCCGCCGAUGCCUCGAGCAAGACCGCCAAUACUGUUGCCGAAAGUGUCCAAGCUGAUGCAGCUGCCACUACGGGAACGAAGCGCGCGAGAGAGGAUGACGACGGCGAGGCUGACGCUGGACGGGAGUCCAAGAAAGUGGAUUCCAAGUCUGAAUCAUAG